AUGAACAUCUCUGCAGUGUGCCUCUCCAUCGUCCUCAUUGCUGGUCUCUUUUCUCAGGCCUCUCCUGGCCCAAUUGGGGCUGACACAACUGUGUGCUGCUUCAGCUACACCUUACGAAAGCUGCCCCAGAGUCAUGUGAAGGAUUAUUUCUACACCAGCAGCAAGUGCUCACAACCAGCAGUUGUGUUCAUCACCAGGAAGGACCGGGAGGUCUGCGCUAACCCUGACGCCAGGUGGGUGAAGGAAUACGUGAACAGCCUGGAGCUGGAGUGA